AAUAAAAAGCAUUUUAAUGCAACUUUCAUAAAAAGAUCGUGGGAGGAAAUAGCCUGGGAAAUGGACAAAGAUGAUAAUAGUUGCAAGCUGGCGGGGAAGUCUCUGCGGGACAGUUACAAGUACCACAAGUGCAAGCAGCCUAAGAGUGAAAGUGCUGGAGAAGACCCACUGGAGAAGCCUACAGAACAACCCAAUCUGCUUUUUCGGAGAGCGACGGAGCCCAAGCAAUGGACUACUCCAUUGACGAGUCUCAAGACCCUAUUAAAGUUGGCUUUUUGGAAGCGGAAGUGGAGCUGGAGGUCGGGCUGUCUGUGGUCCAAAAAGAACUCUAUUCCUAUGGUGGAGGAAGAAGGACCGCCAAGAAGCGAAAGGUGGAGGAAACACCAGCAGCCAAAAUGUGCGACGUGUUGGGCAACUUCCUGGAGCAACAACAAAAGGCUCCCCUUCCCACUCUUCCAAGGCCGGUAUAUGCCUACUGGGAGUCGAUUCUAAGCACGUUUCCUCCGGAACGUGCUGCC